AGAGAGAUUAAGAAAGAAAUUAAGAGAGAGAUUAAGAGAGAAAGAAAGAAAGAUGAGGCCAUUAAGGAGUGAAUCAUCAUCAUCAUCAACAACAUCAUCACCACUAACCAAUGGAAUCAAAGUGUGGAAAUCUCCAAUUCCAUAUCUCUUUGGAGGCUUAGCUCUAAUGCUACUUCUUAUUUCUAUAGCAUUGGUCAUCCUUGUUUGUUCUUAUAGAAAGAAUUCAUCAAAUUCUCAAUCAUCAUCAUCUGAAGAAGAAGAAGAAAACAACAACAUGAAACAACAAUCAACAAUGAUGUCAAAGAACAUGUCUGAGCCAGAGUUACUUGUUAUCAUGGCUGGCCAAAACAAACCAACCUACCUUGCCAAACCAAUAAUCUCUUCUUCUUCUAUUUCUUAUUCCUUUUCUUUACCAUUAUGCACAUGUCAAUCUCAACCAACUUCAAUUACCACUAUUACCCCUUCAUCAAGUUCAUCAAACUAGUGAUAAACAACCAACUGCAAUUACAGUCGCAAUAUUGUUACUACGAUGUAGAACACAUUAUUAUUAUGUCUACAUCGUGGUGACGAUUGCGACUGUAAUUGCAACUUAAAACCGUGUCAAAACACAAAAAAAUCGAUAGAUUAAUAAUGUUCUUGCUAUAGUAAGAAAAAUUUUGGUAUAUGUAGAUAGAGAGUUAUUAGUAGUUGAUGAAUUCCUUUUUUCAUAUUUCAGUGAUUUUGUUGAGCACUGAAUAUGAAUACCGGAAUGAUUAUUAUUAUUAUUAUCAUUUGUGAUGAGUUGGUUCUUAUAAAUGAU